UUGGUCGUGAAUAUGUUCUUUUUAACGCUGUGCAGUACGCGGGAAAUAGCUACUUGAUGUUCAACUAGCUUUAUUUUGGAGCCCGUUACAGGAAGUCGUUCUCUAUCUGUGGUGUUUUAUUUUAACUCGAGUGCUGUCAAAAUUCGUAAUCUUAUUUGCAACUUGGACGAGACCACACCGCGUGUUGAGGUGUGUCCUAUGGCAUAUCAAACCUCCACUUUGUCUUUCGGUCAGUCAUGUCUCGUCGGAGCUGUCGCCUGGCGUCCACAGGCUACUACAACUCGGAUGAUGAAUCCGACUCGAGUAGCGUGACCAACAUCUCAUACCGAGAGAACCCAGUCAAGGUUUUCAAGAAGAAAGUGGGAACGCGCAAGGCCGCCCCUCGUGCCUCCACCAGUUCCAGCAGCUUACAGUCGCCUUCCACCAAAGCCCGCAGACCUUCCCUUAGCACCCAAACAGACCUGACCAUGGGAAGCGUGUCCUACGCCACGCCCAGGGCCACACCCCGACCCGCCCUGAUCGCAGCGUCAUCAACGACGAAUCAGACCGCCACCCGCUCACCACCGCCGCCUCCAGAGAGGAUUCGCAGCUCCGGCCAGGCUGUCGUCUACCUCCGAUCGGAACACAAGGAGCAGGAUAAGAACUGUGUAGACAGUUCCGGCUACUCCUCCUCUGAGGGCAUCAACCUGAAACCUCCAACACCGACCACAACCACAAAAUCCGGUGACAGCGCCAGCACCAGCACCAGCACCAGCACCAGCAAAGUUAAAAGUAACAGUGAGGCUCCCAGUGUCGGGUACAGACGGCGAAUCAACAGCGCCCUCUCUGGUGUGAAGGACUCGCUAUCAACAUGGACUACAAAGAUAAACCAUCUGAGCACUUUUGCAGCUAAUCGAUCCUUCCUCAGUGCCCAAACAAAGAAGACUUGCAUUGUCCUCAUGCUCCUCUCUGUCGUGGCGGCUUGUGUGUGGUUCCUCCCUCCCUUGUUACCCCCAUUCUCCACCCUCACGGAUUUCGUCAAGUCCCAUUCGCAGACCUCCCAACUGACGCAGCACUCCGUUCGACCAACCUUGAUGCCACCUCCACCCAGCAAGGUGCCAAACACAACAGCAACGGACUCCGUCAAACUGCCUUCUGAUAUAGAAGCCAAGGUGCACAAUAUUUGGGAGGCUCUCCAGCAGAAGCAGGAGCUCCUCAACAAGAUGAGGGAGCAGUUUGAGAACAACAUGCAGAAUAUGCGGGACUACGUCAAGUCGGUGGAAUCCAACAGUGCGAAAAAUCUGGACCACGAGGUCACCUUAUUGGGCAAAAAGAUCAGCGAUCAGGAACAGGAUUUUCAGUCCCUGUCGGGCCUCAACGGCAGAAUGAAAGAUUUAGAGACCCAAAUUGCUGAGUUGUCGAUCGAGUUGCAGUCCAUCCAAUCACAACCUCCCGCGAGACCGAUUCCUGACAUCUCUGCUCCAAAUGAGCUCACGCCAGAGCUCCAACAGGCCAUGGAGAAGUGGCUCACUGACCACAUCCAGGCGCAGAAGGCGGUAAACCUACAGGAUAAAGGAGUCGUCGCCCCAGGGUGCGCACAGCCUUUGGCUAACAAAAUGGCUGACUUUGCACUAGAGACUCAAGGUGCCAGCGUGAUUGGCACCCGCUGUUCUGAAACAUAUCACACCCGCUCAGCCUGUCUGAGCUUGUUUGGAUUCCCCUUGUGGUACCCGACAGAGAGCCCCCGCACUGUCAUUCAGGGAGAUCCAAUGCUGCUUCCAGGCAAAUGUUGGGCCUUUCACGGUGCCCACGGGACUCUGGUCAUCGCCCUGUCUCACCCCAUAAGGAUAACCCAUGUGACGCUGGACCACGUGCCGCGUCAUAUCACCCCCACCGACCGAAUCGACUCUGCACCCAAGGACUUUGAGGUCUAUGGUUUGAAGGAUGAGGUGGAAGAAGGAACAAUGCUGGGAACAUUCAGAUACAACGAGGACGGCGAACCCACGCAGACGUUUGAGCUGCCCUCCAGCGACGUGAUCUACCGCGUGGUGGAGCUGCGCGUCCUCAGCAACUGGGGUCACAUGGAGUACACGUGCCUCUACCGCUUCAGAGUGCACGGGACUUUGGCAACGGCGACAUGAUGGCGGCACACGCGAAUCAACCGCCGGAUGAAAGUGGUGAGUUCCACCACUCCCGCCGCUUAAGGCUGCACUGACCCUUCUUUAAAUAGCGCCGCUGUCUGACGAAAAGUGUGAAAUUUGCGUCAAUACAUAACAAAACUGGUUUUCAAGUUCAGUUUAGUCGCCUUUAAUGUCGUUGGAGGAUGUAAAGAACAUCAGAUCAAAAUUAUACACACUUGCUCAAAAACUUGCUUUUGUCCUUAUAUAAUACUUGAAUUUUUUUUUUCCAUCUUAGCGUCACGUUGAUCAAUGUUGCCUGUCCUUCUGCGACCUUUUAAAAAGCACUUGAAUUUUCUAUGAAGGCAAAGUCAGGAAAGAUGACAAUGUAUUUCAUGUGAGAGAAUAUAUUUUAGCCAACUCAUGCCUUUGUCACAGUAUUGUCACAUAGAUAUUUAUCAAUGAUGUACAGGAUGGAGUGUUAGGGGCAAAAAAAAACAAAAA